AUGACGACCCUCCAGCCACGAGAGCCGUACACGGAAGAGGAGCUCAAAGCCCUCUACCCUCCUGGCCUGGAGCUUGUCCAGGCCCAGAUCCUCCUCCGCCAUGGAGAGCGCACUCCGGUCUCGGCUCGCUUUCAAAAUGCCGGCCUUCACCCAUUCUGGCCCUAUUGCAAGUCUGCAAGUCACCUGAGAAACGUGGUGCUCGAGGCAAACAAGAAUGGCGUUGUAUACUCGUCCCUCGAAUGGAAGAAACGCCUCGAGUCCUUCGGGGAGGGCACUGACGCCCCCAUCCUGGCCACAGGUGCCACUGGUCAUGUGGAUGACAUCUGUGAGAUGGGCAUGCUUACUGACAAGGGGCGAGAGACUACUUACAGCCUUGGCCAGCGUCUACGUGGGCUGUAUGUCCAACAGCUGGGCUUCCUCCCGGACACCAUUGAGUCGACAAAUUUCAUGUACCUACGUGCCACCCCAGUCCCACGUGCACUGGAGUCUCUGCAGCAAGCCUUCGUCGGCUUGUACCCCGAGGACAAACGCACUUCUGAUUUCCCGCCGCCGACCAUCCUGCUCCGGAACUUGUCCAGCGAGCAACUGCUGCCCAACGAGGGGGGUUGCCUGCGCUUCAGGACCCUGAUGAAGGCAUACGCCCAGCGUACGGCAGAGCGCUGGAACUUUACUCCGGAGAUGGACUAUCUGAACAGCGUCUACGGCAAGUACAUGCCUGAAGGCACCCGUGUGGCUGUGGACGCAAAACCCCGACUCUCGGGCAUCAUGGACACCGUCAACUCCACUCUUGCUCACGGCCCUGAGACCAAGCUUCCCGAUGUAUUCUACGACGCAAAGGCCCUUGAGACCAUGGAGAAGAUCAACGUUGAGGAGUGGUUUGCCGGUUUCAAGGAAAACCGCGAGUACCGUGCUCUGGGAAUGGGCUCCCUGCUCGGCGACAUCACCGCACGUAUGGUCGCCAACGUCGAGGCGUCCAACAAAUCGGGCAGCCAGGGCAACGCAGUCAUCAAAUUUGGCAUGUCUGGCUGCCACGACACCACCCUAGCCGGCACUCUCGCCAGCCUCGGCGCCUACGAGACUCAUCGCUGGCCCCCAUACACCAGCCACGUCGCACUUGAGGUUUUCCGCAAGUCCACCGCCGCCUCUGCCGCAAAGGCCUCCGGCGCCAACGAGGUGCCUGCCGCCGGUCCUGCCGCCGCCGCUGGGGCCAACCCAAGCUCGCUGGCCGGUAGUGCCCUUCACGGCAUCGGCCGCAAGCCACUGCAGGAGAUGACCGAGGACGAGCUCAAGCGAAUCGAGGGCCACUACGUGCGGGUCCGGUACAACGACGAGCCCGUUACGAUACCCGGCUGCAAGGCCGCGGGGAACCACCUGGAGGGCGACGAGACCUUCUGCACCCUGAAGGCCUUCAAGAGCAUCGUUGACAAGAUCACACCAAAGAACUGGAGGAAGGAGUGUGCCAACACAGAUAAGGGGAACCUCUUGCCCCCGAAGCCGGACCCCGCUGGCUACUAA